UCGCGGAGAGCCGAGCGCGGUGCAGCAGGCGCGCCGCACGGCCGGGCAUGGAGGAGCGCCCCGAGUCCCAGCCCACCGCCGGCUGUAGCGCUAUGGGCCCGGGAGGCGAACGCGGCGGCGGCGCCCCCUCUUGGGCCCCGGAGGACGCCUGGAUGGGCACGCACCCCAAGUAUUUAGAAAUGAUGGAAUUAGAUAUAGGAGAUGCCUCCCAAGUUUAUAUAGCAUUCUUGGUUUACCUGGACCUCAUGGAGAGUAAAAGUUGGCAUGAAGUGAACUGUGUGGGAUUACCAGACCUCCAGCUCAUCUGCCUUCUCGGUACUGAGAUAGAAGGAGAAGGGGUACAGACUGUGGUGCCUACACCCAUCAAUGCAUCCCUCAGCCAUAACAGGAUAAGGGAGAUCUUGAAGGCAUCUCGAAAAUUGCAAGGUGAUCCAGAUUUGCCAAUGUCUUUUACUCUGGCCAUAGUGGAGUCUGAUUCCACCAUAGUUUAUUACAAACUUACUGAUGGAUUUAUGCUGCCAGAUCCUCAGAAUAUUUCCCUUAGAAGAUGACACCUCUACCUCCAUAGUGCUUGCUUUAUUCGUACAAGAUUGGAUUGAGACCCAUCAGCCUGGUUCACCUUUAAUCUCAGAGUUAGUCAGGGUUGACUUAGCUGGUCCCAUCUCAGUCAGAAGUUUUUUUUUUUUUUUUGAAGAAUAAAACUUUCCCAGAUAGAAGAAUUUAUUUUGUUUAAUAAUAUAGAGUAGAUGCUGUAAACCUUUCUUGCCUGGAGACAGGUUAAUUAUAGUUGUAUACACGUUCAUGCCCAAGUUAUUUUCAGAAGGAUAGAGCACAUGGGUUUCUUCUGUUAUUGCUGCCUCUGCUAGCUCACUGUCGAGACUGGCAUCUCUUUUCUCCGCUCAACUCUUUCGGUGCCUUUUGGCCACUACACUAGCUUGGAAUGACAUUUAUAUACACCUUGACACCUAGAGAAUUUACUUGAGUCUGCUUUUUCACCCCCAUUAGGAAGUAAACAUUUUCUUUCAGUUGGUUUUAAUGUUGCAAUUAUUGUUACUUCCCUCUGUGGUUGACUUUGAAUCAAAACUAAUUAUAUGCUCAUCCAGUGUGUAAAAUUACAUGUCCAGAUUAAUAGGGACCAGAGAAGUGCUACCUACAAGAGUAUUGGGCCUUUUUUUCAUUCUUAUAACCUUACUAUAUCAUAACUAAGAGAGGGAGUGGGGGCAGUGUCAACCUUGAAAAUAUCUUGCUCAAGUAGACCCAGUUAUUCCACUCUUGUUAAUACCUCCCAAUUAAAUUGCCUAAAGUUGAAAAAAUUAUAGGCACCAAGAUGUUUCAAGUGACAUUUUUGGGUAUAUGAUAGCCUAAAUUAUAAACCACUUAAAAGUUUAAGUCAAGGGUCAGCAAACUUUUUCUGGAAAGGACCAGAAAGUUUUUUCAGGCCAUAUAGGCUUUCUCACAACUUCUUAACUCUUCUCAACUCUGCUCUUUGUAGAACAGAAAUAACCACAGACAGUACGUAAAUGCAUGGAUAUGGGUAUUCCAGUAAAAUUUUAUUU